CCAGACCAAACCCAAACCUACAUCAUCCAUGUUCUCAAACCCAACGACACAAACUAUCUCUCCGACGACCACCGCCUUCGUCACCACCUCUCAUUUCUCCCCACCGCCUUCCUUGACUCUGGUGAGCCCCGUCUCAUCUAUUCUUACUCCCAUGCCAUCAGCGGCUUCGCCGCACGCCUCGCACCCCACGAACUUCUAUCCAUGGAAUCCAAAUCAGGUUUCCUCCUCGCAUAUCCGGAUCAACAAAUAGUCAAGCCACAGACAACCUACACACCUUCCUUCAUCGGCCUUAAUUCGGCCUCCGGCGUGUGGCCGAACUCGAGUUUUGGGGAAGGGAUCGUCAUCGGGCUUAUUGACACCGGCGUAGAUCCUACACACGUCAGCUUCGCGGAUGACGGGACGUUACCGGCACCUCCACCGAAAUGGAGCGGUCAGUGUGAUUUCGGUGCCGGGGUUUGUAACAACAAGAUUAUCGGAGCGAUGGCUUUCCGUGGCGGAUCUCACCCAUCACCGCUUGAUGAUAUAGGACAUGGGACACACACAGCAAGUACGGCGGCCGGCGUCGCCGUAGGAAACGCAAGCGUGCUUGGUCAGGCGCGUGGAGUUGCUACUGGUGUGGCGCCGAGGGCUCACUUGGCGAUUUACAAGGUGCUCUUUGGUGGUUCAGGGACGUUCUCGGACGCAAUUGCUGGGAUUGAUAAAGCUAUCGCUGAUGGCGUCGACGUGCUUUCCAUGUCGCUUGGUUCUGGCCCCGGCGAGCUUUAUCAGAACGGAUUAAUCACCGCCUCCUUCGCCGCCAUGCAGCACGGCGUCUUCCCGUCCACUGCAGCCGGGAAUGCCGGCCCCGAAGCCGGCUACAUCACCAAUGAUGCCCCCUGGAUGCUCACCGUCGCCGCUGGCUCGACAGAUAGAAGGAUAAAGGUGACACUUCACCUUGGGAACGGGAACAAUUUCGACGGCGAGUCAGGGUACCAACCAAACAUCACCACCAUCCACUUUGCAUCCAUACUACAUUCCGACGACUGCUCUCAGGAAACCCUAGCUCAAAUCGGCGUCACUGGUAAAAUCGUUGCAUGCCCUUAUUCCGACGUUGUCCAAACCGGUACCAACGUUAAGAACGCCGGUGGCGCCGCUAUGGUAGUGCUGGGCCCGGAGGAAUGGGGACUUGCUACUUUCUCCGACGCUAACACUCUACCAGCGGUGUCUCUAAACCACCCAAACGCGGCCGCGGUUCUUUCCUACAUCUCUGCUUCAAACUCCUCUGCCGUGGCCGCGCUGGAAUUCCGGGGAACGCAAUUCGAUGCUCCGAAGUCGCCAUCGGUCGCGGCAUUUUCAUCGCGUGGCCCAAGCUUUUAUAACGGCGGUAUAUUAAAGCCGGACGUGAUGGGGCCCGGAGAAAACAUACUUGCAGCAUGGCCCAAAGGUGUUGGGCCUAACCCGGAGGCCGGCCCGCCCAAUAAAAACUUCAACUUUUUAAGCGGGACAUCAAUGGCGACGCCACAUCUCUCUGGGGUUGCGGCGAUUAUUAAGAAGCUGCACCCCGAUUGGUCGACUGCCGCGGUGAAAUCGGCGAUUGUUACGACGGCGCACGCCACAUAUUCGGAUGGGUCAAGGAUUGCCGAUCAAUAUCCGGACGAUGGACCACCGGCGACGUACUUUGCGUUAGGUGCUGGGCAGGUUGAUGCUUCCAAGGCAGCGGAGCCGGGGCUUGUGUAUGACGCCGGCUUUGAAGACUAUGUGGGUCACAUGUGUGGGUUGGGAUACACAGAUGCCCAGGUGAGCGCCGUGGUGCAAAGUAAAGUGAAGUGUGCGGAAGUAAGGAAUAUUUCAGCAGAGCAGCUAAACUAUCCUUCAAUAGCGCUCAAAUUUUCAGCUGGGACAAGGAAGAAUGUGACUAGAACCGUGACUAAUGUUGGAGAAGCUAACGCAGCUUAUACUGUGAAGUAUGUGGCACCAGCAAAGGUGCAACUCACCGUCACUCCAAGCGAACUUACAUUUUCCUUGGUGGGGGAGAAAAAAAGCUUUGUCGUAGAGUUCAGUACUAGUGCUGGUGCCACCCCUCUCGCUAAAGAGGUAGUGCAGGGAGAGCUACAUUGGGUGAAGGACAAAGUAAUAGUUAGGAGCCCAAUAAUCAUUACAUUUGCAUAAAAAUUAAGCUUUAUUUCCUUAUUUGUAACUCAUUUAUUGUUGAUGUCAAUAAUGACUUUUGUACUUAUGAUUGAAAUGUAAGAAUAAGACGAAUGAAGAUAGAAGCUUAGAUGAUGGCCGGUGAUCACCUCGUAGUCAUAUACAUGAACUUAAAUUUGAUUGUUGUUCCUAAGUGAGAGUAUAUGAUAUUUUCU